AUGGCUUCGCUGUUGGACUACAUCCCCUCAGGCCCAGGGUACCUGCCCAAAUGGCAGCUCUUUGUCGCUGCCACUGCCCUUUUCAACACAGUGCAGAACUUCAUGACCAUUAAACUGACAUCUAAAAUCUACAACACCGUUCCUCCUAAUGCUCCAGUAACUGCGCUUCAAGCACGUACGUUUGCGGUAUGGACACUGCUCUCGACCAUCGUACGUGGAUACUCAGCGUACCAUAUCGACGAAAAACCCAUCUAUGACAUGGCCAUGAUCACCUACCUCGUCGCCUUCGCCCACUUUAGCUCGGAAAUCUUCAUCUUCCGGACUGCAAAACUUACCGGACCCGUCAUGAGCACCAUCCUCGUGUCCACCGUGUCCAUGACAUGGAUGAUAACCCAGUACGACUUCUACGUGAAGCAGUCAUGAUCUGACUCCACCCCGGCUUCGUCUCCUUGGUCUUACUUGGGGUUUCUUGUGAACGCUUCAAGAUACUGCUACUCGUACAACUCUGGAGCUGUCUCCUCCGUUCUUGGAUGGACUCGUAUCUACUUGAAUAUCCAUAAUUGCUAAUUUAUCGGCUACCUUUGAUAC